CGCAUAUACUAAGGAUUUUUGAUACACUGAGCAUAAAUGAACUUCCAGAGUAUUAUAUUUUAGAUAGGUGGAAGAAAGGAUCACGUAGGGGAAUAGUGAAAGAUGCAUAUGAUAUUGAGAUUCUUGAAGAUCGUAGGAGGGCUUUAUCCGGAGGAAAUGGGAAAGCACUUGAUGCUUUUCUUAGCGGAUAUUAUGAUUUGUCGGCUGAGUCAUUAGAGGACCAGGAAGUUGGCCUCCUUCUUCUCGAGGAGUGGCGAUUGAAAUUUAAAGAGCACCUUUCAAAAAACACAUCCAAAGAAUGUGGCAAAAGGAUCCGUGACGAGGCCACAGAACCAUUAGACUUUGUUGAACCUGAUCAUGCAAGACACAAAGGUUGUGGUAAACGAUUGAAAUCAGCGAUGGAAAAGGCGACAUCACUCAAUAGAACAUGCCGUGUUUGUCAAGGGCACGGUCAUGACAAACGCAAUUGUCCCAAGUUGGAAAAUGGAAAAUCUAAGAAUG